AGCUUCAGGCCUUGCCUGAGAGGAUGGCAUUGCCCCCAAAGCCCUGAGGUGGCAAACGCCCUUGAAGUGUUAACGCGGGCUGGGGCUCCCCUGCAUGCAGGGCAGCGGGACCACAUCCCCUGCGCCAUCCCCGGGCUGCUGGGGGCUCAAGGGAAGGGAGAUGCAGCAGCAAGUGGGGGGGGCAGUGAGGUUUACCCCAUUUUCUGUGGUUUAUUAUCUCUGUCUAGAGGCCCAGGUCCUGCACUGGGAAAAGGAGGAGGACAUUUCCCCACACCCUACAAAGCACAAAGGCCUCGCAGCCCCGAGAGGGGGGCACACGUGCCAGGUGGGGGCAUUCCUCCAGCGGCCCUCCCAGCUUUUGGGGCCGCAGAUUUCGACUCCUAAAAGGCCCCUCCAGAGGAGCAGGGGACAACCUGCUCUCCCUUCUCCUCUGCAUCUUCACAUUUGCCAUGGUCCUGGUGCCAGAAGCCAAAGACCAAAGCAAGGCAGCCAAAGGGAGGAGAAGAGGCCUGGCAUGGCCUCCCACAGCUGCCCCUGCCCUGGCCUGGACCCCCGACGACCCCUACACCCCCAUGGAGGACUACGAGCGCGGCAUCCAGGACAUGGUGCGCCAGCUGCGGAACAGCUCUGAGCCAGGUGACACCAAGUGCCAGGUCAACCUGCGGCUCUGGAGGUCUAACCGGAGGAGCCUGUCCCCCUGGGCCUACAGCAUAAACCACGACGCAACACGGAUCCCAGCAGACAUCCCUGAGGCCCGGUGCCUCUGCACCGGCUGCAUCAACCCCUUCACGAUGCAGGAGGACCGCACCAUGGCCAGCAUCCCCAUCUACAGCCGGCUGCCCGUCCGCCGGCUGCUCUGCCAGGUGCCGGGCGAGGUGGGGCACAAGCCCUCUGGGAGGAAGAAGUGUCACAAGAAGUACCAGACAGUCAUGGAGACCAUCGCCGUGGGCUGCACCUGCAUCUUCUGAGCCUGCAGAGCUAACCCUAACAGCCCUUCACAGGCAUCUAACCAGCUUGCUCUUGCUUCCUGAGCAUCGCCAGGGCAAGGAACGUGUCUGCACAAGGAGAGUGCGGCCACAUAGCUCCAAGGGCUCUCUGAAAUCCCCUUGUGGGCUCCGUCAGCCUCAGCCCAAGCAGCCACUCUGGGGACACCCAGUGCUGGGGCAGCCCCUGCAAGCAACCCAGCCAUGCAGCCCUGCCUCCAGCCUCACCGCGAGCCCUCUAACCUCCAGGGAAGGGCCAAGGAGGAGGGUCCUCACCCACCACCCCCAGCCCCAGGCUGCGGAGUGGGUGCUCACCCCGUGCACAAACUGGGGGCUUGGCUGGAGAGGCUGGGGCAGCUUUUGAGAUCCUCAAUAAAGCUCAUUGCUGGCCCCCGUCUGAGCCGCUCCGUGCACUGCCAGCAGGAGGGCAGGGCUCCGCUCCUGGCCAGGCCAGCCACCCCUGCUGCUCACCCCACAGCCUUGGCCUCUGAAGCCCCCUGAGAUCCCUCCCACAGCAGCAAGAGCUGUGACCC